AUGGCUUGUUCUUGUGUCAUAAGACAUAUAUUUUCAAUUCUUCCUCUUCUCGUUAUUCUAUCAAUCACCCCUUUGUCUUCAUCUUAUUCUAUAAAUGACAAAAUCACAAAAGAAUUAAUCAACCAACUCUGCUCACAACCGACAAUUUACAACCAUUUCUGUGUCGCUUGGGUAACCUCUGUCGCAAAAACAUUCAACCUUGACCUGCAAGGUCUUGUCUAUCUGCUCUAUCAAAAGACGGAAUUGUUGGGCUCUAAGAACCUAGAGAUGAUUAAAGACUUAGAGAGAACCGAGACUGAGCCAAAGCUCAAGAUCCCAUAUGGGUCUUGUGUGAAAGAAUAUGAAUUAUCGAAUAGAGCAAUCGAGGAAGCUAAAGAGUUUGCGAGUGCGAACUCGAAGGCAUACCUGUCAGCAUCUAAGGCGGCUUCUAGAGCCUUCGAUAGUAUAUCUAUGUGCGAAGCUUAUCUUGAAGGACUCAAAUUGCCGGAUCAUGUCUCGACACGCAAUUUGUGGUUUGAAGGAAUGUGUAACAUUGACAAAAUUUUCUCCGACCUUUUAAUUUGA